AUGGAGAGUGAUACAUAUGUAAAUAGAAUAAUAUCAGGAAUGGUUAGAUUAUUUGGAUUAGGUCAUACUAAAGAUUUUAUAUCACGGAGACCUGUCACACUAUACUUGUUGGCAAAAUCCUGA